GAAUAGGCCUGAAGAGAGACAUACAGGGAGGAUACGUUUUUAGUAAGGUUGAAUUUCUUGCGUUUAUAGCCAUAACGAUUAACUUUACUGCACUGAUGGAGCAGAAAUCACAGAAGAAAGCUUUGUUAGUUGCAGCAGCAGAAAUAUUUGGGUGUGAGAGAUUUUAGUGCAGAACAUCUACAGGGACUUUUGAGAAAGGGAAUUCCAAAGUAGUUGGAUGAUGGGGUUAGAUGUGCAAUUUAAGAUUUUCCCCAUUUUUGUGACCAAAUAAUUCAUCCGUACUCCAACCAACGAAAGGCAGCACCGGGUCUAAUCUGCCGGAAAAAUCACACAAAGAAGAAGACAAACACAGGAUUGUGGGAAAUUUCGCACCUUGCGAAAUGUAGGCUACAUGCACAAUUUGAAAGGAUUAUUACAUAUUUAUCGACUUUCAUUUCGAUCAAAAUGUCUAAACUGCAGUUGUUCAAUGCGUAUCUGACUGAACGAUUAACAGCAGCUGCUGCAGAGAUAUCAGUGGCAGUAGAGAGAACGAUAACAGAUUACCAGGAAGAGAACGAACGUCUGCGACGACUACUUGAUGUGUUAACCAAGCCAAAGUUUCAUAGAGCAGACCCCCAGCAACUCACGCUCCUUGUAUCUGAAGAGGAGGAACACUGUGAGCAGGAGUGGAGCCCAAGUCUGGACCCGGAGGACCCAGAGCCCCCACACAUUAAAGAGGAACACGAGGAGUUCAGGACCAGUCAGGAGGAAGAGCAGCUUCAAGGGCUGGAGUCUGACACCAAAGACUCAACAUUCACUCCUGCUUGUGUGAAAAGUGACUGCAAUGAUCAGGGCCCACCUCAGCUCUCACAUCUUUACCAAACUCAAACUGUGGAGAACAAGGAGAAGCACUCUAUACCCACCAACACAAUUGAAGAGAUCAAAACAGAACCUAAUGGACAGGACUAUGGAGUACCAGAACCAACUAGUGACUCUCAUCCCCUCUGUGCAGUAAAUCCUGGUUGUUCUGCAGCUCAGAGUGAAGCCAAUGACAAUGGGAUGGAAAGUGGAGAAACACUGCCAGGAUCUACACUACUCGAAUCAACUAGAACAUGGGUAAAACAAGGACAAAGCUCCCAUAUGAGUACUGAUGACAAGACAGCCAAACAGUUGCCCCAAUUUAAAUCCCCCAGUCAAAGAAAUUCUGUUCCUUUUUCUUGCAAGGUGUGUGGAGAGACUUUUGUUUUCAUGGGCCAUUUUGUCCAUCAUGUGCGAGAAACACACACAAAGAACCAAGACUACAUGUGUGGUGUGUGUGGAGAAGACUUUGCGUCCACAGAAUGUAUGAUCGAUCACCUGCAAACUCACACUACAGAAAUAUAUUAUUGUGAUGUUUGUAGCAAACGUUUCUCCUUUGAGUCUCAUCUGAAACAACAUAUGUUGGUUCACACUGGGGAGAGGCAGUAUCAAUGCAAAGAAUGUGGCAAAUGCUUCAUGCAUAGUGGACAGCUGAAUACGCAUAUGAAGAUUCACACACGGGAGAAAUUGUAUCAGUGCAAAGAAUGUGAAAAAUGUUUCCCCAGUAAGCAUAACUUGGACAGGCAUAUGGUGAUUCACAUAUAUUCUAAUCUGAAAAUGCACAAGACUCACACAGGAGAGAAAAGAUAUCAGUGCAAAGAAUGUGGGAAAUGCUUCCUUCAUAAGGGACACCUGAAUACCCAUAUAAGAAUUCACACAGGAGAGAAACCAUACCAAUGCAACGAAUGUGAGAAAUGUUUUGGCCGGAAGGAAAACCUAACUGCACAUAUGAGGGUUCACACAGGGGAGAAACCAUACAAGUGCCCAGUGUGUGGAAAAUGCUAUAGCACUGCACAAGUUCUAAAAUUGCAUCAACUUCAAAGUCACUAUCUAGGUUUCCAUCCAAUUGGUGAUGGAUUUUCAUGCGAAUAGUCCAUAUAGAAAGAACAUGGCCAUUUUAUCAUCAGGGGUGUGUUUCCAACAAACUGCAUUUUUAGCAGAUAAAAUGCUGUGUGUGAUGUAGUUAACUUAAGCGCAAAAGUGCUUUUAUGUUUUCAUAUACCAAAUAAAUGUUUCCAUUGCA